AUGUCAUCAAACAAUAAUCUUUCGUUAUUCGUUUCUGCUCUCAGUGCAAUUACUAAUACUCAAGUCAUUACUUGUAACGAUUCUUUGAAAAGUUGUGAUAAUGAUGGAGAUGAAAUUCUAUUAAAGCGAGAUGAUUUGAUUAAAAUUUUCUUGCCUAAAAUCUUGAACUUAGAUAUGAGAAAAGAUUUAUUAGAUCCACAAUUUAAUUUUGAUUAUGAAGGCAUUAAACAAAAUAUAGGAGGAUUUGAAUAUAAAAAACCUUAUGGAUGGAAAAGAAUUGGAUUAAAUGUUUUAGAUAAAUAUGAUAAUGGUAAUAAUGAAUGGAUUGGGUUUGAUGAUAAUCGUAUACGUAAACAUAAUACUAAUGAAUGGCCAGUUUCAUAUCACGGCACAGGCAAAUACAAUUCAAAUUGUAUUGCACGGGAUGGAUAUAAUUUGUCAAAAGGAACAAGAUUUGCAUAUGGCCAUGGAAUUUAUUCAACACCUGAUAUCAAAAUAGCUGAACGUUUUGCCAAAACAUUCGAAAUUAGAAAUCACAAAUAUCUAAUUGUGGUUCAAAACAGAGUUAACCCUAAAACUAUGAAGAGAAUUAAAAUUGGUGUUGGGAUUGAAUAUUGGAUUUCUCCUGAUGAUAAAGAUAUUAGACCAUACGCAAUUUGUUAUAAAAAAGUUGAUUAA